UGGAGCCAGCGGGGCCCAGGGCACAGCCAGCUCCUGUCCUCAUGGCCCAGAGUGUGGUUUACGCUGACCUGAGGUUUGCCAAGGUGCCCGUGGGACGCAGCACGCCCUGCCAGGCACUGGAGGCAGCCCUUGGCAUGGAUGAGGCAGAGAGCCCCUACGAGAACGUGGAGCCAGGGCAGGCACCAGCGGGGCAGGACAGGCAGGGGUCCCAGCCCAGCCCAGGGCCCUGGCACCGGCUGUGGUCCAUCCCUGUGGGGCUGCUGGCAGCCUGCCUGCUGCUUCUGGCCACUGCCAUUGCCCUGGGGGGUUGCUACUGGCAGGUCACCCGCAAGCUGCAGGACACCUCCCGCGCGCACGCGGCCGAGCACGGCCGCCUCUCGCAGCAGGUGAGCCUGCAGGAGCAGAGCCUGCAGCAGACGCGGCUGGAGCUGGCGCAGGCCAAAGCGGAGCUGCAGCGCGCGUGGCUGGAGGGCAACAGCAGCCAGAAGGAGGUGGGGAGCUUGGACGCCGAGUUGGAGAGUGUCAUGGGGGCCCUGCGAAAGAUGGAGAGGGAGCUGCAGGACGUGCAGGGGAAGCUCAAUGCCAGUGAGAGCACCGUGAGCAGCCUGCGCUCCUGCUCAAAUAUCGAUUGCUGCCCCUCGGGCUGGGUGCUGUACAGGGGCAAGUGCCUCUUCAUCUCGGCGGAGAAGAAGACCUGGGAGGACAGCAGAGAUGAGUGCAGUAAGAAAAUUUCUCAGCUCCUGAUCACCAAAUCCUGGACUCGCUGGACCGUGCCGAACUUCCUGAAGAACUCGGACACGCCGUACUGGAUUGGGCUGUACCAGAGCAGCUUCCCCUGGUAUGAGUACGGGUGGCUGGAGGAAGGAGAUCCGGACGACGAGGGUGGGACCAGUGCCUGGGUCUGGAUCGAUGGCUCUCUUUAUGAAAGGCCCUGGCAGUGGAAGCCUAAUGGGACCUGCGCGAUAAUAAGCCAUGGGAACAUCAAACCCACCCAGUGCGCCAGCGCAGACGACUUGCACCUCUGGAUCUGCGAGAAGGCGCCAGGCCCGAGCGUCCCGUUCUUCUGAGGACAGCCGCCGGCCCCGCCACCGCUGCACGCCCAUGCCAAGCGCCUGCUCUGCUUCAGCACUGCUGCACCCCUGCGUGCCGCCCGGACGCGUCACCAGAGCCUGCCCCAUCCAGCCUGC